AUGUAUACAUGCAGCAUUUUGAACAGCCAACAACCGCUCGCGAUACACUACGCCCCACUCAGCACAUGCGCUAUUCUAAACACUUUGCUACCCUACCAUCCAAAUCCAGGGGCAGGACUUCCGAUGCAGAGAUCUACCCACACGCCAGACAGGCCCACAAUCGCGGGAAAUCAACGACGGCACACCACGCCAUCGCCGAGCACGCAGGCUUGGGAGGAAAGCAGGGGUGCUCGACGGCAACGUGAGAAUCUUGCGGAUAUUUUCGGGCUCGACGCCGACAUCGUCACAUACAAGGGUAAGGAUGCCUUCUACACCAUCCCCUCAUACGAAUGGGGCUCCUGGACGAAGACAACGAAACCGUGGGGCGCCCACUGGGGUUUUACGGGCAGUGAUGCCGAUGGAUUCACCUUCUUCACUUCCGCGAGGGGUGCACAUGUUGAGGUAUGCCUUGGACCCACUAGCCUGAAAGGGGUAGGACCGAUUGCUUCCAUCACGUUCAACGGGCGCUGCGUUAAGAACCAUGACGCCCUCCGGAGGUUUACGGCAGUCGGCGCGGACGAUGAUUUGACGGAGCUUCUCAACGUGGUGUGGCACACGCUUCCCUGCCAAGGCGUCUCUCAGCAGCAUGUCCGGGAGGACGCCAAGAUGCCAGCAGGGGCCGCCGACGUUUUCCCGAGCCUCGUACGCCAGGCGCAACGGAACCUCGAGAGUAAUCCGACUUUAANAGGCCGAGUCCAAGAUGUUCAGCAAGAACAUCUACAUGACAGCGCGCAAAAGGAUCACAAGCUCAGGACUACGGCAGUUGACCUGAAUAGAGAGCGAAAUGCGACGACCUUGCUGCGUGAACGGAUCGUUUCAAUGAGGGAGGAGUGCGUACACAACAAAACGCUCCCACUCCCGUGCGCACAGGAUCAGGUGAAGUGGAACACGAGCCACGGCAAGGCAAAGGGGUUUCGAUUUCACCCGGCUACGAUGAGACUUGCCAUCUACAUCCAAGGGAUUGCGGGGACUGCGGCGUACAACAUGCUGACGAAUGUCUUGCACCUGCCUAGCCCUGAACGCAUCAAGCAGCUGCGGCGGAAUGCCGCCCCUCCUAGGACGGGUGUGCUGACCGAGAACAUCCUGAAAAACGGGAAGCUCGCGGCCACGCAAGACACAGACAAGGCCGACCUGAUGGGGGUCUUGGCGUGGGACCUCAUGCACCUCAACAAGAACGGUUUUAGUUUCGCACCUAACGGGGGGGGGUUCACGGGCCUCGUGGACGAGACGACGUUCUUCAACCCCAUCUACAAGCACGAGGGGGGGAUUGUAAAGGAAGUAGAGCCAAUUCUGGAGAAGAUUGUCGCCACGCAAUACGUCGAGAUGUACUUCGUGAGCGUCGGCAAGCCGGAGUACAAGUUCGUCGUGUGGCGCGAAGCUGUCCGCUCUCUCAGUACGGACUUCAUCCAACGCAUGUUGAUCCGGGUCAUGCGUUCUCUUGCGAUGGCCCACCCGGAUAAAGCCUUCGACGUCAUAGCCACCGUAUGCGACGGUGCACCUGGGCAGCUCGGAGAGGUCACUUUGGUGGUGGCCAAGUGGAUGACCUUGGAAAGACCGUGUGUGGAGCCGUACUUUAUGAUCGGCCCUUUUCCCCUCGUUGCGCCCUCGCGAACGCCUCUCGACAGCCGUUCUUUUCAGACACACGCGGCCAUUUCAGGGUUCUGUCGGUGGAUCAAGGGGCCGCAGGAGGGCUCGUUCACCAGCUUCAAGGUCGGGAUCCUACACCCUGUUCAUCUUCACGAGGUCUUCAACAUGAGCGACCCCAUGCACAUUCUCAAGAAGAUCGUCAACGCCCUUUGGCACAGCGACAUCCCCGCCAAGCAGCGCCAGCUGGGGAUGUGGUGCGUCACCGACCAGGACGAGUUGAAGUUUUCUCAGUUCUCCUUGAAGACCGCGCAACGAGUGUACAACGACGUCGAGUACGACAACAACAGCAUUACUCCCGAGGAACGAGCUGCCACCUUGACCAUAUUCCCAGGCAUGCCAGUGAGCGCGUUCAACAGGACUAAUUUCACCUGCAUGAACGUCAAGCUCUCUGCGAAGGUGGUGUCGGGGACCAUCGUCCGAGCUAUUCGCGAAGUUCGGGCCAACCGAGAGACGAGGGGCGAACCCCCAGACCUUGCGCUGGGAUGCUAUGAAGGCCACCUCAAUGACUUCGUAGAUAUCUUCAACGCGGCGUUCAACAGCCUCUCCAAGAGCUAUCCGAAAAUGCGCCAGGGGAAGUAA